AUGUCGAGAAGUGAACUCCAAUUUGACCCAACUCAAACGCAAAUGGACAAUGAUCUGUCGAGAAGCGAAGCCCAGCUUGUCCCACUUUACAGACACUUGAAUAAUUCGAUCUCAAAGGGAACCAGCAACGCCAUCGCACGCGUUGACACAUCAGCACAGAGGGACGAAUACGGACAGUACCAAAUUAUUCCACUUAUGAAGCAACUCAAUCGUGAUUGUGUCCGAAUCGUCCGAGAAUAUGAAUUGGAACUUGCGCUGAAGAAGGAACCGUCUUGUAUGCCCACAAACUAUGAUGGCACAUCUGAGAGUGGCAUUACAGCCGAAGAAACCAAGCGAAGAUCGAAUUUACUUAUAAGGAAUCCAUCUGCAGUAUAUCGUGCUUCCAUAUCAUACCGGCUAGGCUUUAGAUUUGGGGAUCGUUACUAAUGAAAAUCAUUCUUCUAGCUCAUACAUUCCUCUUUGAGAUUGACGCAGGGUGGAAUACAUGA